AUCAAUAAUUUUGAAGGAUAAUAGUACAAGAAAAGUAGGCUACCAUGUAAAGCUAUCAUAAAAAAAUAUAAUAAAUGAGAAAAUAUAAUUAUUAACUAAUAAAUAAAAACAAAAUAAUAAAAAUAAAUAAAGUAAUGAUGGAAUGACACCACAUCGGUCUAUAUAACUUACGUAAAAUGAAAGUAACAAUCAAAACCAACCAUCCAAACAAAGCUUGCCUGUGUAGCUUCCGCUCAUUUCCUUCUUCUCCACUUUCCCAAUUCAAAACGUAGAAGAAAAUAAUGAAUCAGCCAAUGGAGAAAAUUCCACCAUGGUUGGAACUAGGGGAAGAUAUAUGGGCCAACAUAUUGCACAGGUUGGGUGCUAUAGAGAUACUAGAGACAGCACAGAAAGUGUGCACUACGUGGAGGCUAAUAUGCAAAGACCCUUCCAUGUGGCGAGUCAUUAACAUGUGGGACAUGUUUGACGACAGGAGACAGCGGAAAUUGUGCCGACAUGCCGUUGAUCGCAGCCAAGGUGAACUUGUUGAAAUCAAUUUAGACUGCUUUGCCAAUAAUAAGUUGCUUCAGUACAUAGCACAAAGUUCAGGAAAACUGAAGAGGCUUAGGAUUGCUGGUUGCUCUUUUAUGAUACGUGUUGGUUUGGUUGAAGCAGUUCAAAAGCUCCCAUUGUUAGAGGAGCUGAAUUUGACGCACACUGCAAUCACAACAGUAGGCAUUGAAGCUCUUGGACGCUCUUGCCCACAGUUGAAGUCGUUUGUAUUGAAUAAUUCAUUGGAUAUGGGAUCAGGUCACUCUGACAAAGAAGAUGAACGAAAUGAAAAGGCUCUAGCUAUUGCUAAAAACCUGCCUACCUUGCACCACCUCCAACUCAUUGGGAACAGUAUGACAAAUAAAGGCCUCGAAGCUAUUCUUGAUGGUUGUCCUCAUCUUGUAUCUCUUGACUUGCGGCUGUGCGAAUAUAUUAGCCUCAACGAAGUCUUGAGUAGUAGAAUUUCGGAGCAGAUUAAAGAUGUGAAGUACCCUAAUGAAUCUCUGGCGGGUUUGAGAUUUUCAUUUGAGGCUUAUAUAUGGGGAUGAUAUUAUUGUUGUAUGUCCCACGAUUUUUGACUACUUGUGGUCAUGUUUCGAGCAUUAGCCUCAUUUCCGAAGUUGCGGGCUUUUGGGGAUGAGGAUUUAUCUGAUGACAUGUCUGAUUAUUAAUUACUUUGGUUUUUGAAAAGAUCUACGGACUACUAGUUCUCCUGCUUCUAGCAUGAGCCUCAUUGCCGAAGUUUCGGGCUUUUUGGGUCAUCGGAUUAUGAACAGUGCAGGUGUCCGCAGCGUGUAUUGGAAAUAUUUUGUAUUAUGAUCCCUCCUUUUCGUGUAUCGAUACUUCUGUUAAAGAGCUCCUUGGGAAUAAAUUGCUAAGGAAAUCAAGUAUGUAAUGACUAUGUAGUGUUAUUAUAUAAAUAUAUUUCCUUGUUGCCAAGAAAAACAAGGAAACAACUGUAUCAUUGUUGAAUA